CCUGUUUUCAUGCUGCGAUGCUCCCCAUAUCGAAAACCCUCCAUCAUAUGGCUAUGACCUGGAGCAUUCAGAGGAGAACCAGCCUGACUGUGGGGCUCUGUCGUUGACCGGGUCUCCUUCCUCCUCUCCACAGCUCCACUCCAAGAACAGGAACAGCAGAUUGAUGCAUUCUUCAGGUUCUCUCGAUUCCACACAGUCGGUAAAGGACAACUCUGACACGUUACACGUGGAGCUGGAACAGGAAAAGAGGCAGGAGAUGAGGAAAUGGGUUCUGUCUGGGAUCCUGGCCAGUGAGGAAACCUACCUCAACCACCUGGAAGCCCUGCUGAUUCCUAUGAAGCCUCUAAAGGCUGCAGCCACUACUUCCCAGCCAAUGCUGACCAUCCAGCAGAUAGAGACAAUCUUCUUCAAAGUUCCAGAGCUCCAUCAGAUCCACAAGGAUUUCUACAAUGCUCUGCUGCCCCGAGUCCAAGACUGGAGCUACCAGCAGUGUGUAGGCGACCUCUUCCAAAAGCUGGCCAGCGAGCUUGGAGUGUAUCGGGCUUUCGUAGACAACUAUAAGGUUGCUGUGGAGACGGCAGACAAGUGCUGCCAGGCCAACUCUCAGUUUGCACAGAUAUCUGAGAAUCUCAAAGUAAAAAGCACAAAGGAAUGCAAAGAACAGUCAGCUAAAAAUUCUCUGGAAACUCUACUCUAUAAGCCUGUGGAUAGGGUGACACGCAGCACCCUAGUCCUUCAUGACCUUCUGAAGCACACACCCUCCAGCCAUCCAGACUUUCCAUUGUUGCAGGACGCCCUGCGAAUCUCCCAGAACUUUUUGUCCAGCAUUAAUGAAGAGAUCACACCACGCAGACAGUCAAUGACUGUUAAAAAGGGAGAGAACCGACAGCUGCUGAGGGAUCGCUUCAUGGUGGAGCUGGUUGAAGGUUCCAGGAAACUGCGUCAUGUCUUCCUCUUCACAGACCUGCUGCUCUGCACCAAACUGAAGAAACAGGCUGCAGGAAAAGGGCAACAGUAGGACUGCAAAUGGUACAUCCCCCUGGCUGACGUGACCUUCCAAACCAUUGAUGACUGCGAGUCCUGUCCCAUCCCUCUGGUCCAGGAGGAGGAAAUUGAUGCGAUGAAGAUAAAGAUAUCCCAAAUCAAGAAUGAAAUUCAGAGAGAAAAGAGGACCACCAAAGGAGCUAAGAUGAUAGAGCGACUGAAGAAGAAGUUGUCUGAACAAGAAUCACUUCUGCUCCUCAUGUCCCCAAACAUAGCAUUCCGAGUGGCCAACAGAAAUGGCAAAGGAUUCACAUUGGAGAGAGAUAGCUUUAAGAGCUUCUCUUUGACCUCUCUGGAGCUGCAGAUGCUCACAAACUCAUGUGUGAAACUCCAAACUGUUCACUCUAUUCCAAUGACCAUGAAUAAGGAACAUCUUUACUGCUCCCUGGAGGUGGACUCCUACGGCUACUUUGUCAACAAAGCCAAGACACGUGUGUACAGGGACUCCACAGUGCCCAGCUGGAAUGAGGAGUUUGAGAUCGAGCUGGAGGGCUCUCAGACUCUAAGGCUGCUGUGCUACGAGAAGUGCUGCCCCAAAACCAAACAGAGCAAAGAGGAGGGAGAGAUUACAGAUAAGAUUGUGGCCAAAGGACAAAUUAAGCUGGAUCCUCAAACUCUACAGAAUAAAGAUUGGCAGAGAACAGUCAUUGCCAUGAACGGGAUUGAGGUGAAGCUGUCAAUGAAAUUUACCAGUAGGGAGUUCAGCUUAAAGCGAAUGCCAUCACGGAAGCAGUCUGGUGUCUUUGGAGUAAAAAUUCAAGUUGUCACAAAGCGGGAACGCUCCAAAGUUCCACUAAUUGUUCGGCAGUGUGUGGAGGAGAUUGAGAGACGUGGGAUGGAUGAAGUGGGGAUCUACAGAGUGUCUGGUGUUGCCACUGACAUCCAGGCCUUAAAGGCUGCUUUUGACUCGAACAAUAGGGACGUAUCGGUGAUGAUGAGGGAGAUGGACGUAAAUGCAAUUGCUGGAACUCUGAAGCUGUAUUUCCGUGAGCUGCCAGAGCCUCUCUUCACCGAUGAGUUAUAUCCAAACUUUGCUGGAGGCAUCGCUCUCUCUGACAGUGUGGCAAAGGAGAGCUGCAUGCUCAACCUGCUGCUAUCUCUGCCAGAGCCAAACCUGGUGACUUUUCUCUUUCUACUAGACCACUUAAAAAGGGUGACUGAAAAUGAGAGUGUCAACAAAAUGUCUUUGCACAACUUGGCCACUGUUUUUGGACCCACUUUGCUUCGACCUUCUGAAAAAGACAGCAAAAUCCCAUCGAGUUCCCAACCCAUCUCCAUGAAUGACUGCUGGUCCCUUGAGGUUAUGGCUCAGGUCCAAGUCCUUCUCUACUUCCUCCAGUUGGAGAGCAUUCCAGCCCCUGACAGCAAGAGACAAAGUCUCCUGUUUUCCACAGAAGUAUGACAGGAACCGGAAGGAACUUUCUCAUAAUGAUCUACAGAAGGAGUAUCAGCCUGUUUUGUGCAGCCUUGCAUUUACUUUUGUUAGCCAGCAGGAGGCACCACUACCCUCUAGAAAACUGGAAGACACCAUUAUCAAACAUGCUCUGUUUAUGUCAUUCUGCUGUGUCAGUAAAAGACUUCCCUGAAGAUUUAUAAGUGAAAUAUAUAAUUCCAUUUUUAUUUAAUUUAGCUAAGGAAGAACUAUUUACAGUUCUUUGUUUUAUUCCCUCACACUGUUUUAUGCAGUUUAUCUCCAAAUUUACACUGGAGUUUUGUUUAUAUGUCUGAAAUUUAUCUGAUUUAUCUGUUGCUGUGGAUGGUUGGAUCAAGAUAGAUUUUCCCCAACCUCCCUCCAAAAACAGUUUAGAUUCACCUGUGCCAAUGUUUUUUCCAGAUAAUGACCAAUAGAGCUAGAGCUUUUCUUUUCCUCAUUUGUUUACACGUUUUAAACUGUAUAAGAACUACAACUCUACUCAGCACAUGUCAACAUGCAGGCAUGUUGAAUUAACCAGUGGAGGUUUUGUUUUGUUUAAAACUAUCGUUUUCCUGCUUUGUUUUUCAGUGCUCAGAUGAGCUACAGUAUCAUUUUACUGGUACAUAGAGUUUUAAGGCGAAUCAUUCCAGGAAAUCUACCCAAACUCAGCCUAACAUAGAAUGUGUACCAUGCUUUAUAUAUUUUCGAUUACAUGUCUCUCUUUUUGUCCACAGUCCAUAACAGUGUUCACUUUCUCAGAUUUUGUCUAAAAAAUGUAUUCAGCUAAACUUCUUAUAUUGCUUUGUGCAUUCCUUCGUAGUCUGCCACAGCUGUAGAAAUAAGAGCACUAUCUGCAAACACUAAAUAUUUAUCUGUAGGACAAUCGAAAUGCAGCAGUUCCCUCAAACCACCCUAGCAAUGUUGGGGAUUGUGUACACCCUGUGCUUGCAGGUUUUAUUCCAGCUCUUUACAAAUAGUUAAAACAAAAACUGUAACCUUAAAAGUUCCUGAUUCAAGUCAAGCAAUGUUUCUUAGUGAUGCUUAUAGAUUUCUAUUGUACAGUAUGUUUGAUUUAUGUAAAUAAAAACUUCUAAAUUUUAUUUUAAUUUUUUCUGAAUUAAUGAAUAAACAACACUGUGGAGAACAUUUAGGCCUGAAC